CCCCCCAGCCCUCCCUCCGGCCCGGGCGGGGGUUGCGCCGAGGAGGAGCCUCUCCUGGCGAGGGUGGAGUUUUGGGUUCCCCCCUCCGCCCCACACCUCCCGCCUUCCUGCCUCCUCCCGGUCUCUACGUUCCCCCCGGGUCCCCGCGACGCCCGCUGGGCGGCGGUGGGGUAGGGGGCGCCUCCUGACCCGAGUCCCCUUGCAGCCUUGGCCUUCGGGCACUGGCUUUAGGGUGGAGGGACCCCUUGCGGGGUCCAGGAGGCCUCGGAGGUGGGGGACGGCGGCUCUGGACCAGCUCCGGCCCCCACCACCUCCCGGCCCCAGGGCGGUGACAGCCUUGCGGAGAAGGGGUCUUCAAAGCUCUGAGACCCCGCAGUGCCAGCUCAGGGCUGAAACCUGCGGCGGCGCAUGCAGCCUUCCUUUCCCAAGGGGGACUUGCGCCCAGCCCCUCUUGGGGCACCAGUGGGGGGCUCCUGGCCCUGGCCCUGGGUGGAAGUGGCCAAUCCGCAAAUGAGGCCUGUGUGUCUGCCCGGCCGGCCCCUGCCGUCAUGAUGUGAGGCGGAACCAACCCUCCUGGCCAUGGGAGGGGCCGUGGUGGACGAGGGCCCCACAGGCGUCAAGGCCCCCGACGGCGGCUGGGGCUGGGCCGUGCUCUUCGGCUGCUUCGUCAUCACUGGCUUCUCCUACGCCUUCCCCAAGGCCGUCAGUGUCUUCUUCAAGGAGCUCAUGCAGGAGUUUGGGAUCGGCUACAGCGACACAGCCUGGAUCUCCUCCAUCCUGCUGGCCAUGCUCUACGGGACAGGUCCGCUCUGCAGCGUGUGCGUGAACCGCUUUGGCUGCCGGCCCGUCAUGCUUGUGGGGGGCCUCUUUGCGUCGCUGGGCAUGGUGGCUGCGUCCUUUUGCCAGAGCAUCAUCCAGGUCUACCUCACCACUGGGGUCAUCACUGGGUUGGGUUUGGCGCUCAACUUCCAGCCCUCGCUCAUCAUGCUGAACCGCUACUUCAGCAAGCGGCGCCCCAUGGCCAACGGGCUGGCGGCAGCAGGUAGCCCCGUCUUCCUGUGUGCCCUGAGCCCGCUGGGGCAGCUGCUGCAGGACCACUACGGCUGGCGGGGCGGCUUCCUCAUCCUGGGCGGCCUGCUGCUCAACUGCUGCGUGUGUGCUGCACUCAUGAGGCCCCUGGUGGCCGUGGUCCAGCCUGGCUCGGGGCUGCCGCGAUCCUCCCGGCGCCUGCUAGACCUGAGCGUCUUCCGGGACCGCGGCUUCGUGCUGUACGCCGUGGCCGCCUCGGUCAUGGUGCUGGGGCUCUUCGUCCCACCCGUGUUCGUGGUGAGCUACGCCAAGGACCUGAGAGUGCCUGACACCAAGGCCGCCUUCCUGCUCACCGUCCUGGGCUUCAUCGACAUCUUCGCGCGGCCGGCCGCGGGCUUCGUGGCGGGGCUUGGGAAGGUGCGGCCCUACUCCGUCUACCUCUUCAGCUUCUCCAUGUUCUUCAACGGCCUCGCGGACCUGGCGGGCUCUACGGCGGGUGACUAUGGCGGCCUCGUGGUCUUCUGCAUCUUCUUCGGCAUCUCCUAUGGCAUGGUGGGGGCCCUGCAGUUCGAGGUGCUCAUGGCCAUCGUGGGCACCCACAAGUUCUCCAGUGCCAUCGGCCUGGUGCUGCUGAUGGAGGCGGUGGCCGUGCUCAUCGGGCCCCCGUCGGGAGGUGAGCGCUGCGCCCCCAGGCAGUUCCCCACGCCUGCCCUUCCCGUCAGACACCUGCUUUGCCAGGCGGGGAUGCGCACCUCUCGGCAGCCAUCCGCGGUGUGGGACUCAGAGCUGGAGGGGGGUGCACUGUGCUGGACCAACCCUGAUUCUGCUGGAGCCAGCGGGUCUCCAUUAGGAGUGGGGUGCUCGGUCCGGCACAGUGUGCCCCAGACAGGCAGGGCAGCUAGGGGCUGGACCCAGGGGGUGGGCAGCUCCUCCAGGCUCUGCCUGGGUACCAUGCGGCAGCUUCGGGCAACCCCACAGCCGGUUUUUGUAUUUUGGGGCCUCUCCUUUUUGAAGGCUAACUGAGCUAACACGUGAGGGAAAUUUAAGUUCUGACUGGAGCAGCCUUGCCCAGGCUCUGGCUGCCUGGUGAGGGGGUCCUGGGCUUGGGGAGGGCUCCUGUCUUGGAGUCCGCGGUGGCCAGGGCACAGGGCUGGUGCUGAACACAGUAGGGCUUCUGGGGCUGCCGACUGGAAGCCUCAGGGGGACUCCGUGGGGACCAGCAUGACUCCUGCCACCAACCAAAGCCCAAACUCCGCAAACCCAUUGCUAUUUUUAGCCUCUUAAGUCUUGGUUUCCCUGGGGAGGAGGGAGGGGAGGCUGAGGAGGGAGGAUGCCCCCAGCUGAAACACAUGGAGAGGAGAGAACACCUCCCGGCCCCACAAGCUCAGAGGCAGACAGGGUGACCCUUGUGUGCUCAGACACGGAGGAGACACAGGCUUGGGUGGAGCCCUGGGCCCUGGGGGCAGCCCGCAUGAGCGGCUGGGACUGACAGGGUCUUCCCGCAGGCAAGCUCCUGGAUGUGACCCACGUCUACAAGUACGUGUUCAUCCUGGCGGGGGCCGAGGUGCUCACCUCCUCCCUGAUUUUGCUGCUGGGCAACUUCUUCUGCAUUAGGAAGAAGCCCAAAGAGCCACAGCCCGAGGUGGCGGCUGCGGAUGAGGAGAAGCUCCACAAGCCUCCUGCAGACUUGGGGGUGGACUUGCGGGAGGUGGAGCAUUUCCUGAAGGCUGAGCCGGAGAAAAACGGGGAGGUGGUUCACACCCCGGAAACAAGUGUCUGAGUGGCUGGGCGGGGCCGGCAGGCACAGGGAGGAGGUACGGAAGCCGGCAACGCUUGCUAUUUAUUUUACAAACUGGACUGGCUCAGGCAGGGCCACGGCUGGGCUCCGGCUGCCAGCCUAGCGGAUCGUCGCCUCAUCAGUGUUUUGAGGGGGGAGGCGGCGGGGUGGGAACCGUGUCAUUCCAGAGUGGAUCUGCGGUGAAGCCAAGCCGCAAGGUUACAAGGCAUCCUCACCAGCGGCCCCGCCUGCUGCUCCCAAGUGGCCUGUGGCCACUGCUAUGCUCAAGGACCUGGAAACCCAUGCCGCAAGACGACGUGACUUUAAUGGGAGGGUGGGUGGGCCGCGGACAGGCUGGCAGGGCAGGUGCUGCGUGGGGCCCUCUCCAGCCCGUCCUACCCUGGGCUCACACGGGGCCUGUGCCCACCCCUCUGAGUGUCUUGGGGACAGCUCUUUCCACCCAUGGAAGGUGGAAAUAAACCUGUGUGUGGGUGGAGCGUCAGGA